AGUUACCUCCGACCUCAGGCUUCUUUCGUUGUUUCAUCUUGUUUCAAAUAGAAUCUGAGGUCAUUCUUGCUAAGGAAGAAAACCCAUCUAUAUUCUUUGCUUCAUUACCUUUUAUCAUUUGGGGCACCCCAUUCCAUAUCGACGGUUUUGGGUGCCUCUUAGUAAUUCAUCCAAGGGACUGAUUAGUUUGCCGGGGAUUUAUUUUGGACUUCUCAUUGAAUAACAGGGUUCCCCCGUCCGUGGCGUGAUAGGGAUUGAAAAUGUUGGGUGAUUUCUUGACUCGGAUUCUUAUUCUGCUUCUGGGGUAUGCAUACCCUGGAUUUGAGUGCUACAAGACUGUGGAAAAGAACAGGGUCCAGAUUGAGGAGCUUCGCUUCUGGUGCCAAUACUGGAUCAUUGUGGCGCUCGUCACAGUUCUGGAAAGGUUUACAGAUAUAUUUGUCGGAUGGUUACCAUUAUAUGGAGAGAUGAAGGUGGCGUUCUUUGUCUAUCUGUGGUAUCCCAAAGUUAAGGGGACAGGGUUUGUGUAUCAAACAGUGUUGCGUCCUAUUGUAUCAAGACAUGAAAACGAGAUUGACAGGCAAUUGCUGGAGCUGAAAGCUAGGGGACGGGAUUUGGUCGCUCAUUACUGGCAAAUUAGUGCAAAAAUGGGCCACUCCGCAUUUUUCCAGGGUCUUGAGUACUUGGCCACUCAGUCUGUUAGACUGAAAGCCAGCCCCCCUCAGAAGAGCUACAUGCAGCAAGACAGUGCGCCACGGGAAAUGAAUGCUUCCAAGAAAUCUUCGUCGGAGGACAAUAGUGCGGUGGGCAAGAUCAAGAAGUCGCCACCAAGUCCUCCACCAUCGCCAAGCAUAAAGCGUGUGGAGACACCAAAGUUCAGAAGUGUGAGGGUUCAUCACCAAGUGCUGGAGGAUGAUGUCAUUCUGAAGGAAGGAGAAGAAGGCUAUUCCAAGGAUGCGCUCAACCAAGCUCGCGCAAGGCUCAGGCGCUUAAAUACAGGAAGCCCGCGAUCUCCACAUAGUCCAAUACGUCGAGAACUGUAACAAGUGCACAGUUAAUCCCAGUAGAAGCUAAGGGGCAAAUUAAUAGUCUUUCUCCUGCUUCCUUCUCUAAAUAAUUAUCAUUUGAUUUUUUUUUUUUUGCUUGUAAAUUGUGAUAUAAAUAAAUAUACAGCUCCCAUUGCUCGGCUCAA